UCAGAGAGCAGGUGAAAGAGAUGUCCCUGAUCAGAAACACCAUCCUGGAGUGUCAGGUUUGUGGUUUCCACGAGCCUCGCUCGCGCUGCUCUCCAAACCCCUGCUACAGGGGCGUGUCCUGCAUGGAGAGUCUGCACUACCCCGGAUACACCUGUGGACCCUGCCCACCUGGAACCACUGGCAACGGGACGCACUGCCACGACAUCGACGAGUGUGAGCUGCAGCCUUGUUUCUCUCCUGAAGCUUGUGUCAACACUGUGGGCGGGUUCACCUGUAAACCGUGUCCUCCUGGACUGUGGGGGGCGCCGCUCGCUGGAACUGGACUGGACUACGCCAAGACACACAGACAG